AUGCAGCACCAAAAAUGGGUCAUUAAGGACCGAGAGAGAUUUGCAAAGCUUUUGCACAAUUUACAUGAGCUUGUCAGCGGUCUGUACGACCUUGUUCUUAUUCCAAGGACGUUCCAGAGAUUGAUGAUCAAAGAAGACGUCGAGAGCGUUGGAAAUGACCUUUCUGCUUUGCGGAAGCUGCAGAUUGCUAGUCUGGGACAGCAGACUGACUGGUCUGACUACGCAAGUACUCGCAUAGCUGCAUCCCAGCUAGCAUCGCAGGAUCUUCGUUCAAUUGAGGAAUGGCUCGAGGAUAGCCAGACCGAGUACACUAGCCAUGAAGAACACAACAGUGAAGACCAAGUGAUUGACACAAUGACGAUUAAAGAAGACAUGCCCACGAAAACCAUAACGGUACGGCAGAAAAGGUUCUACAAACUGUGGAGGCCGUUCCCACAGACUGUGCAGCACCAACGCGAUAAACAUAAGCGUGUUCCACGGCUCGAGGAAAAGAAUCCGUAUACACGACAAUGCCACAGGGAGCUUAUCUUCUCCAUCUGGGCCUGCGUACAGCCGUUAUCAAUUGCGGGUCCUAUGUCAGGAGACACAACGGGUCUCCCAAGUAAGAUGAAGUCAUUGAACAUUCCACGAUUUGAUGCUUCGGAUUGUUACCAAAUGUUGUCAUCGUUGACUUUGAAAUCCGAAAGUAGCAAGCUAUCGAUAUCUGGACUUUUGGAAUUUUUUGGCCUUUUAGAAUGUAUUUUGAAAGUGCAUAAGGAGUCCCGGACGCCACUACACUCUGUUGUAGCGACACACAUUCUGCGACGGCCGGGGCGGAGCUCUGUGCUCCUUCAGAUCGUUCGAAUGCUCGAAUACCUCACACAGGAUUAUGACGAGGAACUCAUGACUCAUCGGACGCCAUCCGAUACUCAUAAAUGUCCACAAUGCAUGAAGGACGGUAUGAUCUCAAGAUUAGAUGGGGAGAUCGUUCAAUCAGAUAGAAUAGUCCGACCUAUGAAGCACAUGCCAGCUGAUGGAGAUACCCCGCGGAGGCAGAUACUGUGGAGCAGUACAUAUCAUCCAAAGCCAAAUGAGCGCGGUUUCAUGCACUUCUGGCUGCUAGAUCUUUACGGUCACAAGUGGGUCAUGAGAAAACUACCUGGUCGGUCUGUUGAGAAGUUCCCCCACUGA